CGCUUUCCGAACGAUUACGCGUUAAUUUUGCUCGACGCGUGGGUUUUGUUUUCGUUUUGAAAUCCGUUCGGUUCACGCACCGUGUUUGGACGAAAAUAUCGGAAAUUCGGUCGGUGAAUUUCGAGUGAAAAACGCUCCGCGCGCGUAACGCCGACAUGACCUUUGGCCGAUAAACAAACGGACGUUUGCGUUUAUUCCGGGGAAAUAAAAAAUGAUCCCGGCGACGGCGGACCACCACCGCUGGCGUCCCGCAAACGUCGAAGGCGAAUACGAACGGUUGCCGAGCGACGAAGACGACGGCCGAUCGUCGGCCAUCGACGGGUACGACGCCGACGGUGACGACGACGUCGAGUGUCGCGAGAAGAGGUCGCGGCGGCCGGUCGGCACCCGGCAGACGGUCGUUUACGGGCUCGGGCACGUGUUCAACGACUUCACCGCGUCCAUAUGGUUCUCGUACACGAUGGUCUUUAUGCAGGACGUGGUCGGCGUGGCGCCGACCGUCGCGGGAUUCUUGUUGUUUUUCGGCUAGUACUAUAAAAUCGUAUUUUCUAUACAGAGUAUUAAAGUAAAGGUCACUGUGGAUUAGGUCAGGCCGGUUAGGUUCACGGUUCGCAGGAAACGCGAGAAACAGCGGAAGAAUGGUCCGUUUCGGGAAGGACCUAUAUUUUGUACCCGUUCCCAUCGACUCUCGUCUUCGGAGAACAGCGGCGCCGGGAUUUUCUUUCGAGCGGGUGCCGCAUCGCCCAAAUUUUGUUAUAUUAAAAUUCUCGUUUCGCCCAGACUGGUUCAGAUCGGUUCAAAAUUAAGUCGGCGAAUAUUGUACAUUAUCUGUAAUAUUCCAACGUCAUUUAGCGAACGCCAAGAUUAAUGAUACCUUAAUGACUACUGUCAACCAAAGCUGUUAUCUUAUCCGGUAUAAAAAUAGAUUGAGUACUCGAUUAAGUAACGGUAACUAUAAAGGUUAUGUUUGAAAGUUUGAACGUGGUCACUGGUUAUAUCGCAUAUCUAUUUUACGACGCGAAAUAGUAUAUUAUGAUAUUUAUUAAUAAUACGGAUGUGUUUUUAAAAAGUGCUAGAGACAAUGAUAUGCCCAUUACAUACCGUUAAUUUUUUAGUCUACUACUACCCGAUAGAAAGUAUGCAGGAUACGUGUGUUGUACACGCUUAGUGCAUUUAUAGACAAAUUUAAAGAAAUCAACUUGAAUUUCUCACAUAAUUAUAUUAUAAAUGUUGACUUUGAACUUUGGUCAUGCACACGGCUGUUAAUGAAAUUUGGCCUUCGUCAAACAAGUGUGGAUGUCGUUUUCACUUAACACAGUCGGGGUUUCGAAAUGUUCAGAAGUAUGGUUUAGCUACAGAAUAUAAAAAAAAAAAAAAAAAAAAAACAGACAUUGGUAAAUGGAUUAAAUACGCCUUUUUUUGGAUUAUUAUAUUUUGAACGCCAUGAAGUGUCGGAUUGUUUUGUUGAAGAUCUGAUGCCGGAAUGCCCAACCGACGGUAGAAUUCUUAAGUUUUGGGAUUGUUUAAUCAAUAAUUAUAUUUCUGAAUAUAGUACAUUUACUCCCGAGUUUAUGGACAUGCAAUUCAUUAUUCAGCGAGUGUGCGGCUUACGACGAAUAUUAAGUUGGUUAUAUGUUGUGCGAAAUCGUGUGCAAACUGAUAUUCGUGUAAAAAUCAAUUGCGUUGAUGAAAUACCAAAAAUAUCAAAAGAUGCAAAUAUAACUCAAAGACAAAUGCACAAUCAAAAACAAAUAGGUAACACGGACUCGGGGCUUGGAACCUUUAUGAUAUUUUCGGUUUCGGUUCCAAUGCGGUUAUUCAAAAAAAAAAAAAAAUGCCGAUACUGGUUUCGGUUCCGAUACCGGUAUUCAGAGGUACCUUAAUAUUUUUUCAAAAAGUAAAAGAAAAAAAACCGAUAAUUUUAACAUUUUACCACGUCCGAAAUUACUAUUACAUCAAUUAGUUAUCUAUCAAAUUUUCUCGUUUCUACGAAUUUUUAAUUGAAUUACAACAAAAUUUAAAAUAAUAAAAACAUUACGUAUUUUUGUAAAUUUUCUGGUUCUCUCUACGUUUUUUGUUUUCGGUUUUUCGGAAAAUCAAAAAAAAUGACUUACCAACUAUACUAAAAGUACAACAAUAUUAUGAUCUAUUGUCUUUUUUUUUUUAUUCGAGCAAUAUUUCUGGUAGAAAACAUACAUAGGUAAUAUUAUCUAAAGUGAUAAGAUCAAUUAUAGCUGUCCUUUAAUCCAUUGAGGGUUAAAGGAUUUGAGUAAGUUGACUAUAUUGUUUUAAAAAUAUCCAAAAACAAAUUUUAAAAAAUGAAUUUGACUUUUGUAUUAAACGUUUUUGUUUAUUUUGAAUAUGUUUAUGAUAAGACGGCUGUAACAGACAUUUUGAAUCACCCGCCCUGUAGAUGUAGUCUGCUGUUAUAGUCUACUCUAUGUUACACUAUUAUCGCAUUAUUUGACUGGAUAUUUUGAUAUGAUAUGCAAUUUUUAGUGUUGUGUACUGCCGAAUUACGACUAUCGAAUAAUUCCAGAUACUGUUAUUGGAAUAAAAUAAUAAUAAUGUUUAAGCGAGAUAUAAUUAUUUUUAAAUUGUGAUAUACUCAUAUCUCAUUUAAAAGUAAAAAUAUCGAAAAAUCAUCAACGCUGGGGCAUAUAUAAUCUUCUUACUUUUAAACUUGGUAAUAAGUUAAUUUGCUUUAAUAUUAAAACUAACAGCACAAAAUGUGUCCUAAUAAACUCAAAUUUGAUAUGUGUCGCGUUUAUAAGACGGAGACGGUAAAUGUCGGUGUGGCGUCCUCUUAAAGGGAAGUUUAGAUUUGGUCUAUAUGCUCUUGGAGUUCUUUUUAAGGAAGGGAGAAAUGUAUAUUUACUAAAAAAAUAUCCUAAGGAUAAGGGUAGCUUUAAAAAUAUUGUAUAGGUAGGUACUUUAAAAUACUAUUUCUAAAUCUAUUUCGUCUUUUUCGACUUAUUAAAGGCCAUUGAGACCCAUAUCGUAACACAUAUUUGCUUUAAUCUAUCCCUAUUCUGAGUUAAUGUCUCCGUCCUUUACUCCAAUUUCCGUUAAGUGUUUUACGAUUUUAUCGAUCGAUCUUUACUUGGUUCUGCAGAUUGGCCUUUUCCAAUUAGGUUUUAAUUAAGGAUCGUUUUCAUUAAACUGUUGGAUCUCCAUACGUGACCACUGACCAUGUCAUAACAUAGGUAUUUCUGUAUCGCAUUAUUGCUUCUAUAUGCUAGUCUCUUUGUAUAGCUGACCGGUUUCUAAUAUUUCUUUUUAAUCAAAUAUUUUGGAACGUUAAUUUAAAAUUUGAACUUGUUCAUGAACUAAUUCAUUAACAUAAAAUUGAACUAGUGCUUAUUAUAUUUUUGGAAUGAACUUGAUUAGUUUACCUAAGUUCAUUUUUAAUUCAAAACUUAAAUACAGGCACCUGCAUUAAAAGUUAGUUUUAUUAUAUUGAUUUUUACUAAAUUAACGUAAGUUUCAGCGAUUUUAUUAAAUAUCAUGUUAGAGUUGAAUGUUAAGUAUAUAAUUUUAAGAGGACGGCACAGUAAAAUUAUUUUCCAUUUCUGUAUUUUUAACAAAAUUGUUUAUAUUGUUCUCCUAAAUCUAAAUUAAAAUGAACGACACAAUUGCAAAACAGCAAGUUCAAGUUCAUUAAAAAUAUGAACUUGGUUCAAAUAAAAUACGAACUUAACAAUGCAAUCUGUUUUCGUUUAUACAUUUCGAACUUAAAACGAAUGCACUAAUUUGUCUGAUUUCCGAGGUCUGAAAUGAAUAAUAAUACCUAUUACAUAGGUAGGUAAACCAACUAAAAUUGAGAAAAAAUUCCAUUGCCUAGGUAUUCACCUAAACGCAGCAUAUUUAACUACUUAUGUAUUAGCUUUAGAAACUCAAAUAAUGAUUAAUAUUGUGUGUUUUGUAAUAUACAGGACAAACCGUAGACGCGAUAUCGACACCUUUCGUAGGAGUUCUUGUCGACAAAUUCGGACAAAAGAAAACCUGGAUGCUAUUAGGUAUGUGCACAAUAAAAAUAAUAUCCUAACAAAGUCUUGCGGAAUUCAUUAUCAAAUCGUUAACUAAUCGGUUUGGCGACAUUUUACCACACAGGUACCGCUAUGGAAGCCGUGAGUUUUCCGUUAAUUUACAACGUCUGGAACCAAUCGGCGGCUGUGACGGCCAUGAUUUAUAUCGGAUCCAUAUUGAUAUUCCAAUUAGGGUGGGCCCUUGUUCAAAUCUCCCACCUGUCGUUGAUACCUGAACUGUCUGGUCUUUCGUGGGAGAGGGGAAAGCUAACGUCCAUAAGGUUAGUUCGUUAAUGUUGUGUGUUAUUUUUAUCAUGUAUACAAAUUCAGAGGCGAUUGAGGGAGAGCUAUGGAUUAUGGGGGUUUAGCAGGGACGUACGCAGAAAAAAGUUUUUGGGGCGUUUUUGAAAAUCGGAUCAACAAUAUAACAUUAUAAUGGAAUAAGGAAAUAACCAUACAAAAACCAAACAUUCCUGGAAGCGUUUGCAGAACACCCAAAACAACCUAACCUAACCUCCAUUGCGUACGUGCCUGGUGUAAAGCUCCUCCAAAACUUAUCAAAUCUCCGUCUGUGCGCAUAAUAAUUAUCGUCUAAUAAUAUUACACUUACAAGUACAUGCAAUUUGAAUGCGUAUAUAUAUUUUAUAGAUAUGCGUUCACAGUGUCCACGAAUAUUUUAAUGUUCAUUAUUGCUUGGUUCGUGUUCAGGGGCGUACGGAAGAACGGCGCCGGUAGUCUCAUCGGUCCCAACGAUGCAGGCAAAUUUCAAGUCAGUGUUUUUGGUUUAAUUAAAAAAAAAAAAAAACAUCCUUAGAUGCAAGAUCCAUAGUAAUAUUCUUCGUUUAAUAUAUUCCCAAAUUCUACACUCGUGUUUUAUCUUCUUUGUCCUGAACGCUCUUGAGUAUUUCGUAUCAAUUCAACAUCCGUCACCUACUUCAAAUUUUCUACAUAGGGAUAUAGUCAUAUUAUAUCUUACGAAUAAAUUUUUUUUCCUUGGAAGGUUGGCCUACCUCUGCCCAACCUCCAUCUCUUCCAUUGGCACUCUACUUCAUCCUUAACCAUCAACGGCUCGAGCGAUCGAUUCAUUCUAUCUCUGCCUUUUAAUGCCAAUUAUGCCUACCAUUUUUAUUGCUGCUAUAGCUGGUAUCUAAUUACUUCCACUUUAAUUUUAUAACAUUAUGUGAUGUAUCGCUGCAGAUACUGGCGUUGAUAUCCGCGGCGGUGGGAAUGUUUUCCACUUUGGUUUUUCACGCGCUACUGAAACGUCCGCGGCGGAACACCGUCACUGCUACUUGCAACAGGAAACUGACGUACCUGCAGAAUCAAGCUGCGAGUUUCGAUAAAAUACGCAAAUUCUGCAAGAGCGUCCAUUUAUAUCAGGUUGCCGUUGUUUUUACGGCUUGUAAACUGCUCAUAAACAUAGCCCUAGUUUACAUACCACUGUUUAUUAACGAAUCGGCAAUUGGCGAGUCGGGCACCAUUGCCAGCGUACCGUUGAUGGUGUACGUGUCAUCUCUGGUCACUUCGGUGACCGUCGAGUACAUCAAACCGUACUUUAAAUCCGGUAAAGUAAGUCCGAUAAUGAGCAGAGUCGAUGAGACGACCUUCAUUUAUUUCCAAAAAUGCUGAUUUUUGCUGAAUUUGCCUGUAGCAGUUUUAACCUAUAAGGCAGGGCCUAAAAUACAUCUAAUUUCAGGGGACACACUUUUUAAUUUAAUUGUUAUCUUUAACAGAUUUCCAUACCAAAAAAACCCUGUGAAAGUUGUAGCGUCUAAAAUUUUGGAACGAUUGCAGUUCAACUCCCAAGCGAUUUUUCGGAAUUUUUUAUCUUAAAUGUGUGUUUUUACAUACUGAAUUUGAUGGUACUUUCAAAAGAAGUCGUUCAGACCUCAUUUGGAAGUUUUGGUCAACAAAUUUCAAAAUGCUUGAUUUUUCUAAAAAUCGUGUUUUUGAGGUUUAAAUAUCAAAAGAGAAAGAUAUGGUAAAGGGGACGGGUGCAGCAACUGGUGUAGGUUGGAAGUUGGAAAGGUAAGAUACAGACGGAUAUUUAAUUUAUAUCUGUAAGCAACGAUAAACCAUUGAUUACAAAAUAACGAUUCUGAGUGGUGUUCAUUAAUAGUGAUGCUUUGUCAACAAUAUUUAUGCCAUAUUAUAAAAUAAUUAAAUAGGUUCUAUAUAUUUUCUUUAAUAAUAUUUGUUUAAUAUUUUACCAAUUUUCUCAGUUUUUCUACGUUUUCCCAUGUUUUAUACCGGUUUUUCAAAUUUGAUGAGAAAACUCCAGAGAAAAUCGAAAAAUGACUUCCCUUAAGUACCCUCCCACACUAAUUUUCUUUCAGAAAAGGUGCUACAUUUAGAAAUCCGAGUAAGUUUUCUAGUAGGAAGGUUGUUAACAGAUAAAAAAAAAAAAUAAACAUCUUUGUAAAACCAUAAGCUUCUUAGCUCCACUCAGAAUCUAAAAUUUAUUUUUUUGGAAUUUUUUUUAGAAAUGAUAGUAAUCAUAGGCUCAACAUUUUGGUGAAAUCAGAAUUCACCUAUUGUACUUAAUUUUUAUAUUAUUGUUAGUAAACCACGUAAAAUCUAAUUAUAAUAUUAUUUCAAUCAUUUGCAUAUUAAAGUAAAUCAAUAUUUUUUGGAUUUUUUUUAAUAGAGUGUAUAAUAACAUAAAUAGUUUUUUAAUUGAAUCAGAACUAACUAAUAUUUUUUGGUUUGGAAGAAAUAGUGGAAUAAUGUAUCUUUUCUUUAUCUUUAUGAAUACAUAAACAUCACAUUUUACCUUUGGAAAUAAUUAAUUUAAUACUAUUUUAUUUUUAUUACUUACUGAGGUCAAAAUAAUUUUAAAAAAAAAUCUCCGGUAGAGAGAGCUGAAGGGCAUGGUGAAAUUAAUACGACGAUUAUAACAUCAAAUAAUUGUUAUUUAUGACCAAAUAUUAUAGGAAGUUUUAAAAUUUUUUUUUCUAUGUGAAUUCUUAGAAUAGUUCCGACAUCUCCAUACAUAUCCGUCAAUGCAAUUAACUUUAAAUUAUAACUUAAGACUUUGAGAGGAUGUCUAUAAACGUUUUUUAAAUAUGUUACAUUUGGCAAUAAGCGUCCUAGACUUCGAUUUUUUAAUUAUUGCCAAAGAAAUAGCCCCUUGGCGUUUUCGCACAUAUUACUCAUAAAUAUCGAAAAAAUAUUAAUUAAUUCUGAUUUCACCAAAAACUUCAUUAUUACACAUCAAAUGAAAAAAAGUCCAACAAAUUAAUUUUGAUUUACUUUAAUAUGCAAAUGAUUUAAAUAACAUUAUAAUUAGGUUGUACGUGGUUUAUUAACAAUAACAUAAAAAGCAAGUACGAUAAGUGAAUUCUGAUUUCAUAAAAAUAUUAUACAUAUAAUUAUUACUAUUUCUAAACAAAAAAAUCAAACAUUUUGAAGUUUUUAGACCAUAACUUUUAAAUGAAGUUUGAGCGACUUUUUUUGAAAGUACCAUUAAAUUAAGCAUACAAAAACACACAUUUUUGAAAAAAAAAAUUAUAAAAAAUUGCUUGGAACCUAAACUGCAUUUAUGUCACAAAAUAAAUACAACUAAAAGUACGUGGAUAUAUGAUAUCUACCUAUAUAAAUGUGAUCGUGGUUAAAGUUUAUGAUAUUUGUAUAAAAUAAAUAAUGUGUAAAUUGUUAUAAAUUGGAAUUAAAUAUUACAAUACAUUUGUGUUAAAAUUCCAUUAUGUUUGCUAUUUUUACAAUUAAAACUAGAAACACGUAAUAAAAUUUCGGACACACAUUUGUAAUUUAGGGGACACAGUAUUUUAGGCCCUGUUAUAAGGUCUGCAAUCUUAAGUAUACGAAAAAUAGGUAGGUUACCACUUACCUAUGUACAUUUUUGAUAAAUUUAUCAAAUAAAACAAUAAUAACAUUGUUUGAAAUAUUGUGUAAUGAAAACAUUAAAAACUAAUUAGAAAUCACUUUAAAAUGACAAAACGUUAAUAUUGUAAUUGAUAUUAUUAACCAGAGGCGGUUGGAUGUUUGCUAUUAUUUUAACUAAAUUAAGCUACUGAAGUAUCUAUUAUAGGUGUUAUUUUUACUGACGAUAAAAUAAUAUUAUUUAAAUUUAAUUUGACCAUGUCACUAUACUUAAAUAAUGAACAACAGCUUAGGUACUACAAAAUACAAAACUAAUGAUGUUGGAAACUAUUUGUUUGUUUUUAGAUGUUAUUUGCAUUGGGUAGCAUAGUAUCAAUUAGUGGAUCGCUUCUUGUAUUUUUCAACCCAGACAACGAACUGACAUAUCACUAUUUAUAUUUGGCCGCUGUAUGCUUUGGUAAUAAAUAAAUAGAUAAUUUAAUUUAAAGGAAUUCAGCACUAGGUAUAAUAGGAAUAAAUAGAUGAUGAAAUAGAUUAUAAAGUUAAGAAAUUAUUGUAAAAAUUAAAUAUAAUAAUUGAUUGAUCAACAAUGAAAUAAAUAUUUUAAAUAUUUUAGAUAAAAAUAUCUAUAAUUUUUUUUUUAGAUUCUGAGCAUAGCAAGGGAUGUAUUAGUUUAUUAUAUUGUAUUUUUUUUUUUUGUGACUGACCUAAUCUAACAUUGUUAUGAUUUUUAAGUUAUUUACACACAGAGAAAAAGUACAUACAAAGUAAAACCAAUACAUUCCUUGCUGUUUAGAAUCUAAAAAUUGAGCAUAAUGUAGUGUUUUUUUUCUUAUAAAAGUCUAAAGUUCAAAUUUUAAUUAUUAGUUAUAUUUAUUACAACAUUUCAAAAUAUGUUUAACCUGAUUUCGCUCAGAAUUAUAUUUUACUAAUAAUUUAUUUUACUUGUGUAUAGAAAAAAAAAGUUCUAUGUAUCCUACCAUCCUAAAUUUUUUAUUUGUAAGUAAGCAAAUCAUUGGUGGUUUUCAUAAUAAAAGAAAUUAAAUUAAAAUGGUUGCUACAAAUUAUUUAAAGUUCGAAAUAAAAAAUAAAGAUUCCAUAAUAUUUUUAUGGACUAAAGAAAUCAAACUAUUUAUGUUUUUUAGGUUCAGGAAGUGCGAUAACUUCAGUGUUGAGUUUGAGUGUAACUGCAAAUCUAAUUGGAAACGAUACAGAUUGUGGAGCUUUUAUUUACAGUUCAGUAACAUUUUCUGACAAAUUAAUCAAUGGAUUAGCAAUCAUAGGAAUAGAAUUCAUGUAAUUUAUUUAAAAUAUUGUAUUUCAUAAUGAAACAGAAAAUGCAUAUCAUAUUAUUUAUGUAAGUUUUUUUUUUUUUUAUAGGAAAUGCACAAAUUUAGAACUGUGUUCACACUAUUACAGAGACGUUUUGUCAUUUAGCAGCGGAUCACUUGCACUCAUUGGUUUAUUGGUUUUUUUGACAAUACCAGAUAUACUUAUCAAGAUGUCAAAUAAUUUAUCAUCUCAUGUAGAUUUUUAAAAGUCAAUUAUUAUUGAUAUCACAAAACAUUGUUGUUCCUUUGUUAUUUUUAGGAUUUAGAAUAUUAUAGUUGUCAAACAUCCAAUAUUAUAUUUUUAUAUUUUUUUAUUCUAUAUUUAUACAAACACUUUUAUUAUAAUAUAUACUUUUUACUCUAAGGUAAUGGUGUUUUUCUGGUGUAUGGAAAUUCUUCACGACUGUGAUAGGGUUCAUAGGGGUCAUCUGGAUAAUACCUCCUUUUCUUCCAAUAUUUAGUAGUCAUUUUAUCUAAGAGCGAACAUUGUUUGGCAUUACAAAACACGUGUUGCCUCAGUCUACGUUUUCUAGCAGCAGGUUUUUUCCACAUUUUCUUGUUACGUCCACAUUUUGUACGAAUCCAAAUACCCCUAAU